GCAGCAGCAAGAAAAUGGGAAAAAAUGCAAAUGGCGGUCGUUGUUAUUGUUCGCUGGUAACAAACGGGCUCGAUUUUCGGUAAAUGGUGCGCGUUUCGCAGCGUUUUGCGGCCGGAAAAUAUCGUGCGACGGUCGGGGCUAGUGCCGGGAACGGGUUGCAGUCGUUCGCGACCGGAAACUGAGCGUGCAAAGUGGACUUUUCGGGACGGGUUUGGUGCGCGGACCCCGCGGAAACUUUUUCAUUCUCUCUCGGUGGUGGCGUUUUUUUUUUCCUUUCCCCCUUGGCCACAGCAAGUAAGGGCCCCGACGGAGAACGAAACGAAAAAGCGUAAAGCCCAAAGUGUGUCAGCAGCAGGAGCAGGAACAGAAUUUCGUCGACGAUUCGACGGGCUCCGCGGCGGAGCAAUUAGGCUCAAAUGGAAUGGCGGCCGAUAGUGACGGUGAUCAACGGAAUAGCACCGACGGCGGCGGCAGCACGCUGAAGGCGGUCGUCAUCUGCGAGGGCAACCUCCACGAUCCGGACUUUCAGGCGCGACUAGACUGUCUGGUCGCGCGACUCACCACGCUGGUCGACGAGCCAGCAGAUAACGGCAAGCUUACGGUAGACAAGGUCGAACCAUGGAACAGUGUACGGGUCACGCUGUCGAUCCCGAAGGAGGCGGCCGUCAAGCUGCGCAAGCUGGCGGCCGAAGGGAACCAUGCGCUCCGGGCGCUCGGCAUCCUGUCCGUGCAGUUGGAGGGGGACACGGUGCUGUCGCUCCGGCUGGUCGGCCAGGAGAUUGUGCUGCGGACGGAUAAUUCCGCAGCGACUCCCGGCGGAGGCACCUCUAGUGGCUUAGGAGAGCUCACCCGAAUACUCUCCCAACAACAGCAACAGCAGCCGCAGCCCGUGCCUCACGAAGCUGUCGCAGGUCCUUCGAAAGCUCCUCCGCCUUCUCUGCCCAACAAACCGGUGGUCGUGCCACAACCCGUGGCGACGCCCGUUCCGGUGGUGGCCCUGUCGAAUGGACCUGUCGUGGCGCCGCCGGAGAGUAGUGCCGUCGUGUUCAAGUCGCCGAACACGAUUUGCCCGAUGGACGGCAAGCUGCCGGUGCACGUGCCAAACGCGCUCGACAGUGCAGGUGGCGCCGGUGACGCGGCCUACCCGUUCGAGAGCAUGACCCAGGCGCGGGUGAUUCAACGGCGGGAGAACACGCUCGGAGUGGGUCCUCCGAAGCCCUUUGUCGCGCCGAGCCCUCCGAUAGCCGUUGGUCCGCCGGCGCCACCUCCUCCACCGCCGCCCUACCAAGUUGCGGUUUCGGCGGUGAAGACUGGACCUCCCCAGUCGGUGGGUGGAAAUGUCGCGAUGACCAGCCCGUUGCUGGUGAACCUGCUGCAGAACGAAAGCGCCAUCCCGCAGAGUAUGGCGGCUGCGGCAGCUGGGGGACCAAAGACCAGCGCAUCUACGGCCAAGUCAGUGGUGCCAGGUGUGGUGGCCGCGCCCGGCCCUAGUGUAGUGAAUGUUAUCAGUGACAAUGAACUAAGUGUGAGCAGACAGAAGACAACGGCGACCUCGUUGUCGUCGUGUAUCGUAACUAAUAGUGGUAGUAACAAUCCAGUGCAUCCAGUGAUCGGGAGUGGCCCAGCGGCCAGUAUCGUGCCAGUAGUGCCGCCUCCGCCACCUCCCCAACAGACAAUAUUAGUGAACCACAGCAGUAGCAUAAGCAACGCCGGACCAGCCGUCGUUCCGCCGGACGCUAAAGCGAACCUUCACACCAUGAAAAACAGUACCGCUAGUAACAAUCAGAACGUUGUAAAUGUGCCGCCUUCUCUAGUAACUCCACCAAUGUCAGUGCCUUCUUCAAGUAAAAACGUUAGUGUGCAACAGCAGCCGAGAUUCAAUCUUGGCCUCCGGCCUUCCAACACCCCUCAAACCGUACGGGCCCAAGCGAUGGCGAUGCGAAUGGCCCAACUGCAGCAGCAACAGCUUAACCGGUUUCCAGUUCAACAGGGCGGCAUUCCCUUCAGACAGCCAUCAGCACCUCACCUUCAGCAGCAAAUGAACUCCGCACGCUGGGGCAGCUCGACUCCCCAGUCGAUGGACUCGAUGACCAAGUCCAGCUAUCAGGAGUUUACGCGCUACCAGAUGCAAUACAAUCUUAGUCAGCAGCAGCUGCACAAGCCGGCGCCCACGCCUCAGCAACCCGGAGCGACGACCGAUCUGCUCGGGCUCAACAGUCUCGGAGAGCUGCCCGACUUUGGCAAAAACGAUCUGGACUCGCUGCUGCCGACGCUUGGCUCGGCCGACCUGGACGGGGCCUUCCUCGACGGGUUGGACCUGGAUCUGGAGCCAAAGGUACCGCCGGCGGAACGCAAGUGGAAGCAACAGUUUCUGAUCAACCCGCUGACCGGCGAACUGGAGGAAACCCAAACCGAGGACAUUCCCGAGGAGGAGGACGACGCGUCCAAGAACUUCCCCGAGUUCUUCUCGGAGAUGUCCAACUCGCUGUACUCGGACGACGACGAUACGUCCUGCAGCACCGGCUUCUCCAAGUUUACCUCGGACGUGAGCGACACCGAGCGGACCACCAGCACAAGCAGCAGCAGCCUGCUGGACGGGGCCAGCUCGAGCGGUGGAUUCGGCAAUGCCAUCAACGCCUCCACCAUCACCACCACACCCGCCAAGCUCGGCAAACCGGCCAAGGCCAAGCGGGAAAAGCAGCAAAGCUUAACGCCCAAAACGAAGGAGAAGAAACCGCGGGAAAAGAAGUCCUCCUCGGCACUGAAACAGGUCAAGACGAAGGCGAAAAUCGUGGCCACCGAAGGUGGCGGCGGAGGCGAUUCCCCCGGAAGUCAGGAAAAGAUCAAACUUCGACUCAAGCUGGAAAAGCCGGAAACGGCAGGCAGCAUCAUUGUGACCGCCGCAGGCGGAAUCAGUGGCAGUUUGGCGAAAAAAGUGCAAUCAUCACAAGUGCUAGUAACAACUCCCGGAACGCUCGGCGUGCCCAACCCGCCUGCGACGGUAAUCGGUGUGGCGUCCGCGCCCAACCUGUCCGGCGGUAUGCUCUCUUCCUCGGUGACGUCGCCUAUGGCGGCGGCGCAGCUAUCGCAACCCACGCUCGUCGGCAGUGCCUCGUUCUCCGGGACGAACAACAGUGCCGGCCUGCAGCAGAUGACGUCCCCCAGCAGUGGCGAGGAGCUGCGCGUGCCUCCGCUGCACAUCAGCCUGCGGGGGAAGAACUCGGUCGUCAUCAAGAACUCGAAAAAGGACCGGAAAAAGAGCACCAGCGGCGGUGAGGAGGACAGCGACGGCAGUGGGUUUCAGCUGGGCAGAAAGAGCGGCGGCGGCGGCGCGAUCAAGCGGACUAGCCAGGAUGGCAGGUUGACGACGAUCAUGCCGCCCUCUUCGCCGAACCAUCACAACCACACGCUGCUGGGCGCGCAAUCGGCGACGGCCGGAAGUCCCAAAGUGAAAUCGAAUAAACUAGAAGAUCUGAACAAGGACGGAAGUGAAUCGCACAAACGAUCCGCCCCGGACACGCCCCUCCAGAGUCCGAACGGGUUGCUGCUGUGUCCGGCGGAGAAGAAACGCCGGCUGAGCGGUAGUGCGGUCGAUGGCGUUGGUGGUGCCGAUUCGAAUCCUCCGGCCAGCAGUAUCAACGAGAUAAACGAACUGUACGAAACCCUGAUCUCGUCCACGGCCGGUGGACCGAUCGGGUCGACGAACGUGGGCACGCUGCCCCAUUCGUCGCUGUUAGCAGCGGCCACGUCGUCUGCAAAAAACUUGAAGAGCUCCAGCACGAACAACAACAGUAUCAACAACAGCAACGCGUUUGGCAAGCAAUGCAUUAGCGGCAGCAUUAAAAACCUGGUCAAGCCGGCGCAGUCGAGCCCAACGACGUCGUCGUCGUCGUCGUCGUCGUCCGUGUCAUCGCCUGGAGCUCUGGCAGCUGCACCGAAUACGGCGAAUAGCUCGACCUCGAAGAUGGCGACGACGACGACGACUACGACAACAACAGCAACGGCGACCCACUCGGACGCGGACGGCGCCAAGCCCGAACCCGAAAGUGGCACCAACAAAUCCCCAAACAGCAGCAAUAGUACCUCCUCUACCUCAGCCGGUUCGUCGGAGCAGCAAGUGUCCGGGGCGAACCAGCGAAUAAACAACACCCAUCAUCACCAUCACAACCGGCCACCGGAGCAGCAGCAGCAAGCAGGAGGAGGAUCUUCCUCGCCGGCCACUAGUCUCGACCAGCAGCAGCAACAGCAGCAACAGGUCGUCCCGGGUGCAAUAGUGGUGGCGCAAGGAGUACGCGGAUCGCCCGGAUCUCAAGCGCAAGGCGAAGACAGCGGGAUCGAAUCGAUGGACGCACUGUCCGAGAAGAGUCCCCACCAGGUGUCGCACAGCCCGCAGGGUGGCACCGAUCCCGGCGGCAAGCUGAUACUCCAGAUGGACAGCCCCAAGGACAAACAGCAGCAGCAGCCAGCGUUGGCGGGCGAUGCAAAGUGCGACUCGGGCACCAACAAUAACAACAACAGCAGCCAUACCAACCUGGACGACUACAUCGACAUCGAGGCCGCGCUGGCCAAGAUGGAGGGCCUGAACGAGCUCCAGGUGACGGCGGCGAGUCUCGGCGAGCGGAAGCUGAACGGCGAUCACGCGAUACUGCUGCAAGCGGCCAAGCCCAAGCUGGACGAGGCGAAUCUGAGCAUUCUGCUGGGCGGCGACGACGAGCUGGCGGAGAAGCCCCAGCAGCAGGAGUCCAAGGACGUGGUCAAAGGAGAAGAGGCAGAAGACUGGCUUGUGAAGACGGGAAGUAAGCAACAGCAGCAGCAGCAGCAUAAAGGAGAAGCAAACGAUAUACUCACUAGUAGUAGUAACAAUAAUCUGACGGACAAGACCGAGAUUAAGCUGGAGUGCGUGCAGAAGCAGCAGCUCGCGCUGGACGAUUGUUGUAGCAAUAAGGAGGUGUUAUGUUUAAAAAGCGAAUGUGAUAGUAAUAUAGUUGAUUGUAAAGCUGUAAUUAAAACUGAUCCCGAGGAGGCUAACGUGAGUAGUGUAAAGCAGGAGAAGGCGGGCGGUGGCGGUGGCGGCAAGAGUCAUAGCAAUAGUGAUGGUAGCAACAGUAGUAUUAAUUCGCUGGACGCGACAAAAGUGGUGGACAAGGGUGACGCCGGUGCGGGUCUCCUGGAGCCCAAGCCACGCCACGAGCAGCCCCCACUUUACAGCUACUCCAGCGAGAAGGCGCGCGAGCGACGAUCGGCGGCCAACUCUACGACUUCUUCCAACGCGUCGACGCCACCGCCGUCGUCUUCGUCGGUGAUCGAGAUUAUCGAUCUGGACGAUUCCGGCAAGUCCCUAGACCUAGAACCUCACCCCCAGCAGCAGCAGCAGCCAACGCAAGCGACGAACAAGCCGAUUCACUCGCCCCUGACGAUCGACAUCCCGUCCCAGCCAGAGUCGGCCGAAAACCGGGUGCGAACGAGGGCCUCCAGCAAGCUCGAAAGUCCACUCGAACCACCCCGGCAAAGUCCCUCGAUCGAUUCGCCGGCGGCCGAGCGGUUGAAAAACUCCCUCAACAAGCACCCGAUUGGCGCGUCCGUCGCGAACGCCACAAGCACUCCUACAACAGUGCCAGCUGCCGACCGGCUCAGUCCGAAAACACUCCCGAAGGGCAAGCGAAAACGCCAAGGCUCGGAAAGUUCGAACCAGUCGUGCGUAAGUGAUGACGUCAUGAUCAUUCCAAGCCGUACCAAGAAACCGCGCAAGGCGGCCGUCGCUGCGGCCGCCGUCACAAACGCUGAAAAGCAGCGCAAAACGGUUCCCAGCCGGGGUACGGCGCAGAGAAAAGUUGCCACUGGUUCGACGCCGGCCACGACAUCGACGACCACGACCACAACACCGCCCACUGAGUCGACACCGGCAUCAACGGCCACAGUCACGGUCGAAGACUCGUCCGACAGCGACGAACCGUUGAUUGAGAUAGCGGGUUCGUCCGCCGAAAAGGAGAAACCCCUGCGGAACCACAAACUCCCCGUACCGUCGUCAACAGCGUCAUCCGCCGCAACCAACCACGCACCCAGCACUCCAACAUCUCACAAAGCCAAAGCUACGAGUGCCGCGGCAACGCCGUCAAACGCCGUCGCCCCCUCCCAACCCGGCUCGGACGAAAAGAUCAGCACCCGUCGGAGUGUCCGCAUGACCACGUCCACCCUGUCGACGGCGGCCAUGAACAGCAAGGCGAAAGCGAACGCCGCCAAUCACAGCGAUGGCGAUGAUCACCAUCCGCCGCACAACCACCAUCAUCACCACCACCACAAGAACAAUCACGUCAACCAUCAGCAUUCGGCGGCGGCAGGAGCGACAACGGCGGCGGCGUCGACAGCUGAUGGAAAGGGCAGUGGUGGUGGUGGUACGGGAGCGGGUGCAGGAACGACGGCGGCUGCCACGGAUACACCGACGACGGAGGCGCGGCGGAAAACGAGAAGUGCAGGCCUGGACUCUACCGCCGAGGGCCGCCGGAGACGGGUGUCCCGCGACAGCAAGUGACCAAUCGCCGGCGCCUCUGCCGAGAGUAGCAACUACAAUAGCAUUAGCAGCACCGCCGGUCGCCGCCGCAGCAAUCGUCAG